UCGUAAAAAAUUAGAACGAAGCUGUCAAAGGGAAAUGUAGAAUUUACAAAAGAUGUCUUGACCUCUCUAUUGACUAGUUAAUAAAGAUUUUCGAUAUUUCAAUCAAAUUAUUUUGAAGAAAAAUAACUAACGUUAAUACAAAUAACGUCCAUCAAAUUCUCUAAGUAAAUCAUUUUGAUUUUAAUGACAGAUUGUUUGACGUUUAUUCUCCGCCAUCAUUAAUACAGACAGUGAACUGCCAUAUUGCUCGUGUUAAAAAGGAUUCUUAACUAUUUACUUAAAAUCGGGUAAUAUAUCUGAAUUUAGUGAUAGAACGAGUAGUUAAUGUGGUAAAAGUAACGAUAAGAAUCAUUUCGAGCAUUGUUAAACAGUAUAAAGUUUUAGCGUAAACGUGUUACAAGAGGUACAAAAUGUCGACUGGACCAUACAAUUAUUCAUAUAUUUUUAAGUACAUUAUAAUAGGCGAUAUGGGAGUAGGAAAAUCGUGUUUACUUCAUCAGUUUACAGAAAAGAAGUUUAUGGCUGAUUGUCCGCAUACAAUUGGCGUAGAAUUUGGUACUAGAAUUAUUGAAGUAGCAGGUCAAAAAAUAAAAUUACAAAUAUGGGAUACUGCAGGACAAGAACGUUUUAGGGCUGUUACUAGAUCGUAUUAUCGUGGUGCUGCAGGCGCAUUAAUGGUUUAUGACAUUACACGUCGUUCUACGUAUAAUCAUCUGAGCAGCUGGCUUACAGACACGAGGAAUUUGACCAAUCCAAGCACUGUAAUAUUUCUGAUUGGAAACAAAAGUGAUUUGGAAGAUCAACGUGAUGUAACUUACGAAGAAGCCAAACAAUUUGCCGAUGAAAAUGGUCUUAUGUUUGUUGAAGCUAGUGCUAAAACCGGACAUAAUGUUGAAGAAGCAUUCUUGGAGACAGCAAAGAAAAUAUUCCAGAGUAUACAAGAUGGACGAUUGGAUCUAAAUGCUGCUGAAUCAGGUGUCCAACAUAAUCCUAGUCAACCUGGUCGUACUAGUCUUCAAGGAGUGUCAAAUGAACAACAAGGAGGCAAAGAUUCCUGCUCUUGUUAGGUUAUUAUUUGUUUGUAUAUAUAAGUGGAUUAAUUCAUCAAUAUUAUUAAUGCAUAUAUGAUUUAUACUAAGUAUAGCAAGCAGAUCAUCUCUUAUCUAAUAUCCUCCCUUGAUCUUUAUAAGUGAAGUCUACUUAAUAACAAAGAAACAAAAAAAAAGUUAAAGAAAAAAAACAAUGUUUCAGGAUAUUUUUUUUCAGAUAAUAAUAAUAAUAAUAAUAAUAAUAAUAAUAAUAAUUUGAAGUAAUAUUAUCUGAACAUUUGACGCAGUAUAGAUAUAUAUAUGUUAUAUAAAAAAGUUAUUUCUCAAUGAUAUCAGUUUUAUGGCUGGCAUUCCAAACGGUGUAUUAACAAUGUGGUUUUUACAUGGUUAUGGCAACUUAUAUAUAUUUUGUAUACUAUAUAUAUUCUGUUGUGUAAUUGGAUAGGUAUAGUGUCUCUCGUACGAUAUAACAAAUUAUUCAAGCCAUGAAGAAGCCCUUUUAUUAUUUAAAGUGCAGCGAAUGUUAUAAUGGAUAUUUGAAAGUAGCUUUGUUGGUGUGUAUAGUAUAAGUUAUAUUAUAUUAUAUUCUUUAAAAAAAAAAAAAAUUAAUUAAUAUAGGCCUAUAUACAUAUAUAUAUUUCUCAUAUGUACAUACUACAUGGAAGUUGAUGCUAAAUUUGAAAAACUAAACUCUCUGUACGAUUUAACAGGCCAAAUAUGAUUUUACAGUAGAAACAUGGACACAAGGAUACAUUUUUGCAAUGCCUUUGUUUUUGCCUUCUGACAAGAAAAUACAAAAACAAAGAAGCUUACCUUUCCAUUUUUUUCUAAUAAUUAUUAUUCAUGAAAAAGAAGAAGGUGUUCCUGUGCCAGGCAAGAACUUGCUAUGCUUGCAUAUUUUUAAUGUUAUAUUAUAAUACAAGCUGAUAGAACAGUUUAUGUACAAUAUGAUAUUUGCAAAACUUGAUACUUCCUGUAGUGACAUGUGUAGAAUUUCUAAUAAUUUUCAAUAGGUCUAUUCAUUUACCUCUUGCAUAGUAAAUCUAAUUAAACGUAUUCAUUAUUACGAGUGUAUUCAGCAUCAUCGUAUUUUUAUAUGCUAGAUUCUUUUCAGCACAAAUAAAAUGAUCUUUCAUUGAUGAGAAUAAUAAGCAUUAUAUAAGCAUUUUGCAAAGAUAAUUACAUUCCAAAUUCUUAGUUAAAUGCACGAAUAUCAGGGAAAUUUCUCAAUUUGUUAAAUCUCAUUGCUCUCUCUCUCUCUCUCUCUCUCUCUUUUUCUCUCUCUCUUUUCAAUGUGAAUCUUUUUAAAAAAUAAGAAGUGUCUUUAUACAUAACACUAUAUGUAGAUAAAUGAUGCUUCUGCUGCUUUCCAAUAACUAUAACAAAACAAAUAAUUAUUUGUUAUAUACUUGGUUCACAUUGCACAGUCCUGACAAUUUAAUAACCCAAAUAAGGAAUACAAUAUUUGAUAAAGAAUCGUUUUAAGCUUCUUCAUCUUCUUGGCUCAUUCAAUUAAUAAAUUGACGAAUAUUCAUUUAUAAAAAUAUAAGUUUUCAUAUUUCAAAAUGAAAUAUAUAUAUCUAUUUCUGUAAUUAUGAGGAAGUCUCAACUAUUCUUUUUUAAGUUUUGUAUUCUAUUUUAAAAGCACCGUUUAAAUCCAUUUAUUGAUGUUUAAAAAAACCAAAUCUUUUUAGUCUCUAAGAGUGAUAUAUUCGUAUAAGAGGAAGAAAAAUGUUUAAAAACAAAAAGAAAAAUAACAAAAACAAAAAAAAAA